GCUGCCCCGUCCCCGCGGAACUACAGCUCCCGGCGCUCCCGGCGCGGUUCCCAUGGACACGGGGAGCCGGGCCCGCGCCCCGCCGAGCGAUGCCCAAGCCCAGUGAUACUUUGUGGGAUCUUGCUAUAGCUGAAGUGGAGAAGAGAGAAAACCCUGAUGAUGAUGUCAAGCAGGGGGAAGUUUGGGAAAAAUCGAUAUUAUUUAUGGGAAACAAAAAUGGGGGAAAGACCACUAUUAUAUUGAGGUGUCUUGAGAGGGAAGAGACUCCAAAGCCAACAUUAGCCUUGGAAUAUACUUUUGGAAGAAGGGCAAGGAGGCACAAUACACCUAAAGAUAUAGCUCAUUUUUGGGAACUAGGUGGUGGAACCUCAUUACUGGAACUCAUUCGAAUACCAAUCACUAGCCACAACAUAAGAUCCUUUGCUGUAGUUCUUGUAUUGGAUCUGUCCAAACCUAAUGAACUCUGGACUACUAUGGAGAACCUUCUGCAGGUCACCAGGAACCAUGUGAACAAAAUUUUAGCCAAACUAGAAAAGACAAAUCCUGAAGUAGCUGCUGAACUUAAACAGAAGAUGCGGAACAAUCUGCAGAGGGAUCACCCAGAUUAUGAGUUAGUUGACCCUUUUCCAAUACCCUUGGUGAUAAUUGGAAGCAAAUAUGAUAUUUUUCACGAGUUUGACUCUGAAAUGAGGAAAAUAAUAAGCAAGACACUUCGAUUUGUUUCACAUUAUUAUGGAGCAUCAUUAGUGUUUACCAGUAAAUCUGAGGCUCUGCUGCUGAAAGCCCGUGUUCUUAUUAAUCACUUGGCAUUUGGCUAUGAUAAAAGCAAAUCUGUAUCAGUGGAUCCCAGCAAACCUCUGUUUAUACCGGCAGGCCUGGAUUCGCUGAGCCAAAUAGGACCACCACCUGCCUCGGAUAGUGAUAUUGGAAAGAUGCGUGCAAACACACCUUUGGAACUGUGGAAAAAAGUAUUUGAGAAAACAUUUCCUCCCAAGAGUUCCUGUGAUUUACAAGAUACCAAGGACCCUGCACAGGAUAUACAGUACGCUGAGUAUGAAGUUGAUGUCAUGAGAGCUCAGAAAAACCAGGAACUUGAACAGUACAAAAGAAAUGCCUCUAAAUCCUGGAAAGAAAUGGAUUUUGACUCCGAUUGAUGAGCUGCUGUAGGUGUCUUCAGUUUAACAAUGUUUACAAAAGUAUUUUAACAUUACACUAGCAAUUUCAUCUGAUGCAGUUGAAAAUGCAUAUUAUCAGACUACAAAAUUAAUAUUUAUUAAGCAUCCCUGUUAGUAUUUUUCAUAAAAAGAGCUGUUCAUUCAGUCCAAAUUUGUGAAUCUCGGCACUGGCACAGUUUUAAAAAGUGGGGAGACAAGAAUUCUAGAUUGCUCACAGAUGGGUUUGAACAUAAAGACUGGCAUUAGUCAGUUCUACCUGUUUUAUAACACAUUAUUUGGUUUAUUUGUAAAUACUUCUGCCCUAAACAUGUAUUUAAAUAUAAACAAGUUUUCACACCCAAAAUAUGAAACUGUAGUAGAGUGUGGUGGACAUCUUUUUCUAGUUCUUUGCAUGUAUAAGUCAAAAGUAAACCUUAAGAAAUACCUGCUUCAUUGUUUGAUGUAUUUGAAUAAAUAAAUAAAAACCUGGCAGAAUAAAGUGUAAAACAUUCUUUGACCUGGAUCCAGAUCUCUGUUUCAAAAUCAUAUAGCUUAAUACAGGAAUUAUAUCUUGGAAAGUAAAAUGUUGUAAUAACUUUGCACAGAGUUUAGAAGAUGGACAUUUCUGUCAUAUAUUCAAAUGCUAGGAAGUCAUCUAAUUAAUUUGACAGAUAUUUGGCUAGUGCUGGAACUGUUAUUGAUUCACAUUCAGCCUAAGUUUGUGAAAUCCUUGCGUAAACUAGGUAUGGUUUUUGUCCGUGGACACCCUCCCUAGUAUGAGAUGGACUGAGUGUUUUGAGAAUACACAAGACAAUCUAGAAUAAAGCCAGAGGAGUCUCUUGAGAGCUAAGACUUGUCAGAGGGUAGAUGUCUGAACAGUCACUUGGCAGACCGGAUCAACCCUACAUGCACGUAAAAAUGGGAGAGACCACAUUAGUUUUAAUGUGGUGUCUUUCCAGCUCUUUAAUGUCAGUUGUUAUUUUUAACAUAUUUUUUCACCAAGUGUUUUUCUGAUAAAACUUUUGUAUCUCCGAAUGUUACACAUAAAGAUAUUAGAAAAAAAUCUUGGCCUCACACUUAAGUGAAAAUAUUGCAUUACCUUGAGGAUUGGAUUUAAAAUUCUUCAUUACGAAGUGCCUCAUCUCAAAACUAUCAUAUUAAACUAAUUACGUAAUUAUGGAAUUUUAAGAUACGAAUAUACUUGAAGAAAUCUCUAGCAAUCCCUCUGCAAAAAAUAAUUUCUUCACUGAACAUGAAAAUAAGUUACAAAAUGUAGGAAUUCUGUGUCUCUUAUGCUUUCAAUUUUGAGAGGCCCACAAGAAUAAUUUCCGAAGACAAAAAUGACAUUGCUUCCAAGAACUGACAAACAACUUUUAUGAUUUUUGCCUAGUUAAUUGACAUUUUAUUGAACAAAACCAAAAGCUUAUUAAACAAAUUUGUUUUCUAGUAAUUCACAAACUGCUUUCGAAACAAGAUUUAGAACUUGAAAGAAGGAAUAGAUAUAAAUAACUGUCUUCACUGAUUUACCAUCAUUCACAAGGCAAAAACAUGUUGGGUAACUUUGAUACUGCUACAAGAUCUGCACUCAUUGGUUGUAUAGUGUGUGUAAGAUUAAAGUGGAGUGACCUCUUCA